GGAACUAUCCCGCUGGCCUAGCUCCUCCCCCUUGCGUCGUAACUCCUCCCCCUUACGGAAAAGGUCCCUUAGCCCACUUGAUUCUAGCAUCUACCUUAGUUUUGUACCUCUCGGCUCUCCGUAUAUUCCAGCAUCCAGGAGGAAGAAGAAGCGGAUCAGGAAGUGGCGCUUUUCGGGCAUGAGCUGAGGACGGUAGAGACUAGAUCCCCUUCCGAGCUGGUGGACACCGGGACAAGGCCAGGGAUCAGCGUCUGUCUCCGCUGCCAGUCUCUUACCUGCUGCCCCUUCACCGGCACUGCUGGGCACCUCCGCUACACUCGCAGCCAUUUCCCUGGGGCCAGGAGAGGCCAGAGAGCAGCAAGUGCCUGCGGUGUCCCCUACAUGUACACUGAUUGCCCCAGCCCCUGGGGGAGGACCUAGCAAUCUCUAUGGAGAGGAACGGCCGCCCGGUGGACGUGGGACCCCUCCGUCCCCUGAUCUUGGAGCUGUGCUGAGCCCCGGACACACACAUGUGGCGAUACCGGGGAUCACAGCUCCCAGUUACUGAUCAGCAGCAGGCAGCAGCACGUCCCCCUCCUCCCAUACUGUGUAUAUAGCCCAUAGGAGAGGAGGCCGGGUUCCCGAGUCACUAUGUCCUUUGUCAGCUGCUUCCUGAUGCCCAGUCUGCCCUGUGAGAGUGCCCCUGCUUGGGUACGUGUAACAGAGUUGUUUCUGAUGAAGGAAAAAGAAAAACACUGUGUAAAACUGAGCUAUAGAUAAUUUAGGUUCCAUAUAACUCAUAUAUAGGUCACAGGGAGCACAACCCCAGUCAUUCAUAAUUGUUGCUGCAAAAUAAAACACACUUUAAUAUGUGACAGAAUACUGAAACCCCUUCCUGCUCCACUAUUUUGGACAAAUACAGCAAAUCAUGCAAGGAGCACAACAUUUCCUCACAAUUGUAAACAUGUUUUUUUGAAAAUAUUUUCUAAAGUGUUCUAAAAAAUUUUUAUUGUUACUGUACAGAUGUCUUGUGACAUAUUUUAUUUUUUUUAGUUGUUAGACAGUCAACCUUUUCCAGCUUUAAGAAUAUUUUUUUUAUAAUCAUGGGUGAAAACAGUCCAGAACUGGCCCUGAUAUCUCUGGAGGAGGAUGGCAUGUGCCCAGAUGAGAAGAUGAGGAAGUGGUUUCUGGAAAAAGGGGGGCGUGAGACUGGCACUGUGUAUGAUACAACAACUGUGCUCAUAGAGCAGGACCAUCGACCCUCAGAUGAAGAUGAUGAUGACGACGAGGAAGAUGAAAGUAAUGUUGGAAUUAACUUACCUUUCCUUGAUGCUGCCAAUGAGGAAGGCCUCUUGCUUAUGUCUGAGCAAGAUGCAAUGUCUCAAGGCUAUGUUCAGCACAUCAUUUCACCAGACCAGAUCCAUUUUACAAUUAAUCCUGGGUCAACUCCCAUGCCCAGAAAUAUCGAAGGGGCUACUCUGACUUUACACUCUGAGUGUCCAGAAACCAAGCAAAAAGAGAUAAAGCGUUAUCAGUGUACUUUUGAAGGCUGCCUUCGCACAUACAGUACAGCAGGAAACCUGCGCACUCACCAGAAAACACACCGAGGAGAAUACACAUUCGUCUGCAACCAGGAGGGCUGUGGGAAGGCAUUUCUUACCUCCUACAGUCUCAAAAUUCAUGUUCGUGUGCACACGAAAGAAAAGCCAUUUGAAUGUGAUGUGCAAGGCUGUGUGAAAGCUUUUAACACACUUUACAGGUUGAGAGCACAUAAAAGGCUUCACACAGGUGAAACAUUUAACUGUGUGACAGAGGGCUGUAGCAAAUAUUUCACCACCCACAGUGACUUAAGGAAGCAUAUUCGGACCCACACUCGGGAGAAACCAUUCAGGUGCGAUCACGAUGGUUGUGACAAAGCAUUUGCUGCAAGUCAUCACCUGAAAACGCAUGCCAGGAAGCACACAGGGGAAAGACCAUUUUUCUGUACCAGUGAUGGAUGUGAGAAGACCUUUAGCACUCCAUACAGUCUAAAAAGUCACAUGAAAGGCCAUGACCUUGCUGGCUUGGAUGAUCCAUUCCCAAACAAUGCAGUGUGUGAGGAUGCAAACCAUUGGCUCUGUCUUAGUGAUUUAAGCACUUUAUCCACAGAUUCUGAACUGCGGGAAAAUGUUGAUGCAAGUCCUGGUCAGACCUUGGGCUCAUUGUUACCACAAAACAUAUUUGAGUCCAUGUUUCAAAGUCCAGAAAAUACAGAAGAUCAUGACCCUGUUCCACAGUCAGAAACACUGCUGAAAACUUGGACUACAGACACGCAAGCAUUGAACCCAGCAGAGACCAGCACAGCUGAGCCGCAACCAUUAGCUGUCCCUCUGGUUAAUCCACCUGCGGCCUCAGAGGCUCCUUUAGCGACUACACUUGGCACAACAUCCGUACCUUUACCAUCUGGCACCAUAGGAUGUGGGACUCAGUCAGCAACUCCUGCGUCCUCUACAUCUGCUCAAUCCCUGGAAGUGCCUAUCCAUAAUGGGAGUCAAUUGCCUGUCACCCAGGACAACUUCAUUACACCACAGACCUCACAACCCUUAGUAGAAGGAUUGACUGUUGUUACAGGACCUGCUCUGCCUGUAGGAGCUGCUUCAGACACUGUUUUACAGACACUUGUGCGGGUGGAUGAGCAAAACCUUCAGUGGAUAUUAAAUGGUGCUUCUCAAAACCUUGAACAAGCUCAGCAGCAGGCUCCAAAGGUGGAAAAGGUUUACUUCACUACUACUCUCCCACUCCCUGGCACUGGUGGCAAUUCUGUACAGCAGAUUGGUUUGAGCCUUCCUGUCAUCAUCAUAAAACAAGAGGAGUCCUGUCAGUGUCAGUGCGCCUGCAGAGACGCUGUUAAAGAAAAAGAGACAUCCAACAAGCGCAAAAGAUGUUCUGUUUCCGAAUCUGACACUGUCCAAAAACCAGCAACUGAGCCCACACCUCCUGACCCUGUACCCCUUUCAUCGUCACCCUGUGAAGGCAGCAGUGGACACUUGCUGAGCCCCUCAGACUCUCAACCUUGGACUCCUCCUUCUAUAGACAUCUCAGACUUCUUGUCCCUCCAGAGUCCAGAGAACCCCUCCCUCCUUGUCCCGAUGGAAGCCUUAUUGCAAGGAGAGGAUACUCGCUUCAGUGGUUUAUCUAAAUAGAAUUGAAAAUAAACUGUAUUGGGGAUUAUUAUUUUUUUCAUUAUCCUCUAAUUUGCAAUACUCAGCACUCAUCUCUUGUCACACUUAAUAAUAACUCAGACAGCCCUGCAUACAAUCCAGUUUCAUUUCUGCUAAACUGACAGUCCUCUUUUUAUUUUAUUGUAAUAAAACCCCAGUGGAAGGAAAA